GCAAUCUGUCUGUAUCUUCUCUCCAAAAAGCGGAGUGUCCAAAGUCCACCAAACGAAACGAAACCACCCAGCACCAGUCAACAGUUUGUUUUCUGUACGAUGCCACAAGUUGACCUGGACACCCUAGUUUCAGCCUGCGCCGGAAGCUCCGAUCGGAAAAUAGCCUGUGAAACUCUCGCUGACGGAGAUCACCACCCAGAUCAACCCGAGGUCACUCCGGAUUUGCCUCCCGACUCCUUCUGGUUAUCCAAAGACGCAGAGUUCGAUUGGUUCGACCAGCAUGCCUUUUACGAAAGGAAAGAUUCCGCCAGAGGAAACUCCAAUUCGACGAACUUGAAUCCCAAUUUGAAUCCGGGUUCCAACUCCACUUCUCAGCGGUUCUCUUUGAACUUCAAGUCCAAAGCUUCCAUUAUCGGUUUACCGAAGCCUCAGAAGUCUUGUUACGUCGACGCUAAAAACCGUCGGUUUUGCAAACAGGGAAACACGCGCUUGUUUCCGAAGAGGUCCGGCUCGGUCGGAAAAUCCGAGGCUCCACUGGUCGAGCCGUCGUCGCCAAAGGUUUCAUGUAUGGGAAGGGUUAGAUCGAAGAGAGACCGUAGUCGCAGAUUGAGAAAUCGGCAGCGAUCCUCUGAACCGGCCACGAAAAAAGAACAGCCCUUCGUGAAACGGAAAACCGGGUUCUUCGCCAGUUUUCGGGCUAUUUUCCGGUCCGGUUCCCGAGAAAAGACGAAGCAUAAAAUCGACGAGCCACAGGCCGAAUCGCCUCCGAGAAAGAGCGCGACGGUUGGAGCGCGACACAGUACGGCGUCCGAUUUCGACUUGUCAUAUGCAGAGUCGCUACCGAGAAAGAGCGUCUCUGAGAUUGAACCGUUCGGUUUGGGUGGCAUGAAGCGGUUUGCGUCCGGUAGGAAGUCUGACGCGUGGGCUGGAGAGGUGGCUUGAUCUGAUUCUUUGAAUCUCAGUGGUGCGGCGACGGCGAGUUUUGUGGGCCCAAUCAUGCAAGUUGGCGUAGCGGUCGCGAUUGGGAGUCUCAGGUGGGCCCUUUUAUGUGUACUAAUCGAUCGUUAAAAUGAUGUGGCACUUUGAAUAACCGUUUCCCCCUCCUCCUCCGUCGUGGGUGACACUAGGGAAUAGUUAAUAGAGUUUUUUUUACACGUUUUUUUUUUUUUUCAGAGGAUAAUGUGACGUAAAUAUGUAUGAGUGUUCUGGGAUGAGCAGAUGUAAAUUCUUCGUUGUCAGAUCGUCUCACUAAUGAAAUUCGAUUUUGGUGGGAAUUGUUCAAAGGAUGUGUUUUUUGAUUUAAAAUAAUUACGUUAUUUA